AGUAGGAGCGGGCCAGUCGAUCUGCCAAACAGUCUGCUAGUCAUCCCAGCUAGCUAGCGAGUGAGUGCGUCAGCGCCGUUGGACACACAGGGCUACUUAGCCAGCCAGUGAGAUAACCUGGCAGUGGGACACUUAGGCUGUCAUCAGGCAGCGCUAGCGGAAGGAACCAGCCAUAGAAGUAGAAAUAGUAGCAGCAGCAGCAGUGGCAGCGUCAGCGACAGCGCCAACAGCAGCCACUCGGGCAGCCACUCGUGCAGUUAGCCAGUUAGCACGCCAACUAAAAAAGCAACAACCAACAACCAAGAGCCACCAAGCAGGCAAGCAGCCAGCCAGGCAGGCAGCAAGUCAGCCAGUCGGGCAGUCGGCAGUCAGCCACCGCAUAUUCGCACACUCAGCGAACGCAACGCAACACAUGCAAAAAGUUACUCGCUUGCAACGAACGAGACGAGACACGCAACGGCUAAGAACGGAUCGCAUUAGCGGCACUAGCAGCAAAUAGCUAACUAACUGACUACAGAAAGACCAGCGGCGGCUGAAUGUGUAGAAAAGGCGGAAAGAAAUUACUUUUUUUUGUUGGUUUUUUGCCGUACCAGCGAAGUGUGUACUGAACUCUUUUAAGUAAUUGAAAAUAGAAAAAAAUUCCUGAAAUGUUGAAAGUUUUCGAAAAAAUGAGACUUUUGUAAAAAUGCAACGCCAAACGAGUAUGCAAAGUGAACUGGAAAAAAGUGUUUCGAGUGCGACGAAGCAUUAGCGUAGCGGGAAAGGCAGUAAACGUCGUGCGCAUAGCGGAAGUAUAGCAGUGAGAAAGUGCGAUCAAUAUCAAUUUACUAACAACAAAAUAAGAAUAUGCGGCAUGAGCACACAAAACGUCAUUACAACUAACUAAAAAUUGCGAAAAAAAAAUUAUUUUAAAUAAACUGAGCAAGAAGCGGCUAAAAAGCUAACAUUGUAUAAAAAAAAUCGUCACAAAAAGUUAUGUGCAUAAAAAGUGGAAAUUAAGCAGAAAUUGAAAAAAAAAAUUAAGAAAAAAAUCGAAAAAAUCGUGCAUGUAUUAACUCUAAAACUGUUUCGGUGAACCAAAAAAGCUAAAAAUUACUUGAAAAAAUAAAUACAUAUGUAUUUACGAAAUUGUGAAAUUUCAGAAAACUGCAAAAAAUUAAAGUGUACCAAAAAAAUAGAACAGUUUUGGCAAAAUUCUUGCAAAAAAUCGGUGAAAAAAAUUUAAGUGCUGAGAAAAAAGCGAAAAAAAAUCACAAAAAUAUUGCACUGCUGUUGAAAUACGCCACGAGUAGCAGCAGACAGAGGCAAAACGCUAGCAAAGGACAAAAGAAAAAAAACAACAAAACGAAACAAGCGGCUAAUUAAUAAAAUGGUAAUCUUCUAGAAGCUCGGAUUUGACGACAACAGCGCGUAGACUUCGCUGAUCGAUUGUGAGUUGUGAUUGGUUGGAAAAUAAUUUACGUUGAAAGCAAAAAAUUUACAAGUCGCUGCUUUUUUCAUAAUUCUGCAAAAAAAAACGCUGUGAAAAAACAACAAAAACACACACACAUACGAAGAAACGCGAACGAAAGCACAUAGUUGAGAGACCAAAAACAGUUGCUGCUGUACAUAUGUAUUGCUGUGCAUGAAACACAAAAAAUAAAUUACAACAAAUUACAAAAAAAAUUUUACAAUAAAUUACAACAACAAAUAAUUUUAAAAUACUAAAAAACGUUUUUGUUGGCAAAAAAAUUGAUUAAACUUUUGCAAAAAUACGUUGUGCUUAAAAACAUACACACACACGCCUACAACAACAACAAAAAUAGACUUUUACCAAAAAAAGUAAAUUAUUUACACUUGUUUACUGCCGAAAAACUGCAACUUUGACACGUCGAAACACCGGAAAAAAUUGUAAAACAUUUACUUGGUUUUUAUUUCGGCAAAAAAAGUGAAUUUACACAACAACAAAAACAAGUGCAACCAAAAUUGACAUUAACGCGCUUCACCUGCUCCCAACGCGAAGAAAGUCGCAAUAAGCAACAAAUCGAGGAAAACAGCGCAAUUCAAAAGUCGUAUGUUUGUUUUUGUUAUUGUUGUUGCUACACAUAUGCUUUAACAAGUGAAAGAAGUGCAAUUUAUUGCCGCUGAGUUGCCACCAAAAUUCGUUUUGAUUUAACUUUUACCAAACGCAGCGCACGCCUCCAACAUUUGUGUUUACGCCAUUAGAAAUGCCAGCCAAAUUUUACAACAACAAAAGUGUGAAAAAUUACAAAAAUCCAGAAAAGUAAAUAAAUUUCAAUUUGCAGUGCAUACAUUUGCGAAAGUAAAAACAUUAAAUCUGUUUCGAGUUAUAACUUAUUUCCAAAUUAGCUAACUGUUUUUCGGUAUACGCUUGCAGGCAUGCACAUGUGUGUAUAUGUGUGUGUGUGACGCGUGUGACAAAGUUACGUCCCGUUUAAUUUUACAAAUGGAUUACAUCUGCGAUUCACAAACUGGAUGGUAUACAGCAGCUUUAGUAGCCGACAGUGGCAUUAUAGCAACAACAACCACAAUAAAAGCAACAACAGUGAAAGCAAUUAAAAUAAUAAACACAGCUGAUACUACGAGCGCCAUAAAGAGAUUCAACAGCAGUUUGGCAGGAAACGUGCACAUAUUGAAUUGCUUUUAAACAUUUCUGCUUUAUGUGAAAAUUCACACUAAACCCCAAGAAAAGUCAAAAUUCCAAAUUUAAACUCAACGUCCAAACAUUCAAAGUGAAACAGCAAACACAUCACACAAAUAAACAAGCAUUCAACUUUCGGUAAAAACAUAAACAACUUUGGCCUCUUCCCUUCUUCACAACAUACUCGAAACACAACUGCGGCAUCAUAAACCGUUAAGCGUAAAAAUAACUAAAAAUGUCUACAAACUGCUAAUAAAAAUCAAUUUAAAUUAUAAAAAAAUUUGACAAAACUCUCAACGGACUUAAAUAUAUUUAAAGCGUAAAAAGUGGCUAUGAAAAAUUUAACUUCUCGGCAUUAACCAAAAAUUAAAUCAACCAAAGUGAAAGCGUGUAUUUAGCAAAAUAUACAAAAAUCAAUAAAUUUAAAGUGAAAGUUCUUUUCAGUUACAGACUUUUGGCAAUAAAGUAAUUUUUUUGUAAAAGCUUUUGUCGAAAGCUCACUUGAAGUGAAAAAGCUCUUUUAAAGUGAAAGCUCGUUUAAAAUGAAAGCGCGUUUAAAGUGAAAGUUCGUAUGAAGUGAAAGCUCGUUUGAAGUGAAAGCUUAUUUAAAGUAAAAGCUUAUUUAAAGUGAAAGCUCAUUUGAUGUUAAAGCUCUUAAUAGUGAAACUGGAUUGAUGAAAGCUUGUUUCUUAUCAAAAGCUCAAUUCAUAUUAUAUUUUUAUUAAAAAAGUGAAAGCUUGUUUUCGGAACAAUAGAAAUCACAAAAACUUUCUAAAGUCGAAACCCCGUUCCAAUUUUAAAUCGUAUGAAUUUUGAAAACCUUACUAAAGUUGCUUAAAACAACAUAUGUCUCUUGUGCUCUCUCUCACACUCUCAUAUAUAUGUCACAUAAAGUUCUUUCCUGCAAUUUUUGUUUCUUUUUUCUCACAAAUUGUGAAUUUAUGAAAGCUCGUGUUUACAUUUUUGUGCAUAUGAAAACCAGUAAAAAUUUAAACUAAUUUUAAAUAAAACCGUUAUUAUUUUAUAUAAAAAAGUGAAAAUAACGGGUGUGUUCUCAUUACAAAAAAAAGCAAACAAAAUUUCGUGCAACAAAUUAUUUGUCUUGUGUAAAAAAAAAAUAUAUUAAAUAACAGUUUCGAACACAAAUCAUAACAACAGCAAUAACAAGGGCGCAGCGUAACGGUUACAUCUUACAGCCAACUACAACAAAAGCAACACAGCAACAACAAAAAACCGGCAACACGGCCAAGCAAAUUUUUAUCUUAUGGAUUGCUGGACGGGUAACGCCCGACUGGCGAGUGUUUUAGUUUAAGCAGCGUAAGCUGUCACCGACAUGGGCAGUGAGCACUACUGCUUGAGGUGGAACAAUCAUCAAUCCAACCUGUUAGGGGUGUUUAGUCAAUUACUACAGGACGAGAGUCUGGUGGACGUCACAUUAGCUUGUUCAGAGGGCGCCCUCAUCAAAGCCCAUAAGGUGGUCCUCUCGGCCUGUUCUUCGUAUUUCCAGAGCCUUUUUCUGGACCACCCCGAAAAACAUCCAAUUGUGAUAUUGAAGGACGUGCGCUUAGCCGAACUGAAAACAUUAGUCGAAUUCAUGUACAAGGGCGAAGUUAACGUGCAAUAUUGUCAGUUGUCGGCUUUGCUCAAAACGGCCGAGUCGUUAAAAGUUAAGGGCUUAGCAGAGAUGACCAAUCAGAACACAACACUCAGAGAGCCAGAACGUGAACCGGAUCGCCUGAGACCGCAUUCGCAACCUAUUAAAAGCACUUGUGACAGUCCCGUCGAUACAGCGCUAGCGAGCGGGUCCAAUACAUCGUUAGCCACCUCAGCCGCAAACUUAGCCACAUCAGCCGCUUCGUCGCCAGCCGCCGCAGCCGGCACAGCCUCAACAAACGCCACCGCGAACGCAACAACAGCGCCAGCAACUACGACGCCAGUCAGCACAACAGCGGCUGCCGUUGUGGCUGCAGCUGCCGCAGCCGUUGUAGCGGUCACUCAGCAACAACAGCAACAACAACAAGCUGCCACAGCGUCUGCCUCCACAUCAACGACGUCCACGUCUAGCACAAGCGCCGGCAGCAGCGCCGGUUCCGCCACUACGGCGUCUACAGCGCAAAAACGUGACGCUAGCGGUGAACGCAGCGGCGGCGGCGGUAGUCCGUCAUCGUCAGCGCCACCCACAAAGCGUCAACAAAUGUCACCGGAACGCGACUCCUCACCGCUGCCGCUUGAUCUCUACCAGGGGCGCAGUGCCGCCGAAGCCGCAACACUUGGCCAGGAUGGUGGUGCGCGUGCCACGAGCGAAGAACGCGAUGCGACGACGCAUGCCAUUAGCAAAAAUAACAACAAUAGCAGCAGCAAUAAGAAUACGACGAGCAGCGGCGGUGGUGGUGGCAUUGCCAGUGGGAUGAGCACGCAGACGGCGCAUCACAAUAACGGUAAUGGCGACAACAAACCGUCGCGGCGACGCGAUGACUCGGACGAUGAAGACGAUGACGAUGAGCCGCAUCACGGUAUUACCGCGCUCGAUUCGCCGCCCGCACGACCCGGCUCCUGCAGUGUGCUGGACGUGGUGGAGAAAAUCGAAGAGCCCGACAGUUACGACGAAGAAAUGGAUCUAGAUGACGAUGUGGAGGACAAUAGCUCGAACGAUGCUAUGGGUUUGAAUAUGAAAAUCGGCGCAGCCAUUAGCCACACAGCGGCUGCGCUGGCUUUACCCUCACCGCUGGGGGGUGGCAGUGGCGGCGGUGGCGGUGAUCCAGAGUCGGCGCGCUCAACACCCGCUGCUGCAACCAGCUCAACAUCGUGCGGCGGUCUCAUACUCGCCUCGGAUCUCACACACCAACAACAGCGUGCGACUUCGCGCAGUCCACGCGAUGCGGCGAACAUUGAGCGACCCGGCAGCAGUGGCGUUUGCGGCUUGCCCUCCACCUCGGCGGGCAUGAGUCCCAGCUCGUCGGCGGCAGCAGCUGCCGCAGCGGGCAGUGAUGCGCUGGCGGGCACCUCCGGUCUGGGACCAGUGCAGUCCGUGCCGCUGUCACUGAAGAAGGAGAUCGAUUGCAGCGAGGAUGACAACAGCAACAGCCGUCACAUGCAUCAGCCGCGUUCGGCGUCGGCGGGCGGUGGUUUGGGCGGCGAUUUGGACUAUCGCCUGACCACACACGAGUCGCUCUUUCGCCACUUCAGUUCACCGUUUAGCGCUAUGGGCAACAGCAGCAGUGCCGCUGUGGCAGCCGCCCACUGUCCAGCACCGUUCGCCUUUCCAUUCACACCAUUCGGUCUGAGUUUGUUCGACAUUGAUCCGUCCAGAAUUUUGGGUAUGCUGCGACAUCAGACUUGGCUGGCCGAAGAAGCUUUGAAAAGUCAUAACUUGUUGAACACACCGAAGGACUUUGCCCACCGUUUCAAUCCCGUCGGUGAUUUGUUCGCCAAGGAUUUCCAUCCGAAUCAUUCGCAUGCCAACACUGCCGAUUUGCUUGCUGGCGUAACAGUGCCCAGUAAUAGGGCGAGCACUGUUAGUCCAGUUAAGCAGACAACAUCACCACAACAACAACAAAAACAAGCCGAACGCAAUGCAAUGGUGCAACAGCAACAACCACAGUACAAAACGCAACUUCAUCACCAACAACAGCAGCAACAGCCGCCACAACAGCAACAACAAACAUUCAAUGUGCGCUAUCCCUCACCGGCUGCUUAUUUUCAUCAUCAACAACAGCAGCAACAACAACAACAUUUGAAGCAAAUGUCCAGCCGUCAAGGCACACCGUCACCACAUGCCACCGCCACCUCAACACAAACGAAAGCGGAUAACACACCCGCAACGCAAACGGUGGCAGCUGAUGACGAUGAUGUCGUCAUCGAACUCACGACCACACACGAUGACGCACGCGACAGUGGCCGCGAAAGCGCUGCGCAUACACCGAACAACAGCAGCGCCGGCACUUCGAGUGGACUGGGCACUUCAGCCAGUGCCGCCGGUAGUAGCGGUGCACUGAGCAACGCCUGCUCACCGCUACUCUACAAAGAGUCACUCGAACAAUUGUUGCAACGUCGUCGCUCGGGCUCCUCGCUUGGUGGCGUCAGCGACAGUCUACGUUCGUACACACAACUGUUGCUCUCCUCGAGCACACCCGGUUGCACCGACACGUCCAGCUGCAAGGAGAAAAGCUCCUCAUCUUCUACCUCAUCAACACCACCACCCACCUCAGCGCUGUUGGCGCAACACCAGUUGCUCACGCAACGGUUGAAUAGUCCAUCGGAGACGUCGUCACUAUUUGGUGAGCCACCCAUCGAAGAGGAGACACGUUGCGUCGUCUGUAAUGCACACUUUCCGAAUGUGUGGCUAUUGGAGCAGCAUGCCACGCUCCAGCAUCCACACAUCGGACCGGGCGAGGAGAAACCGUUCAUUUGCGAGCAAUGCGGUCAGUCGUAUCGUUAUCGCUCGGCUUAUGCUAAGCAUAAGGAGCAGAAUCAUCGCGCUCGCUUGCCGGCCGACAAGCUCUUCACGUGCGACGUCUGUGGCAUGCAAUUCCGUUAUCUGAAAUCGUUUAAAAAGCAUCGCCUCAAUCACGCGCUGGAGCGCUUGCACGGCAAGAAGAGCGUGAUUGGCAAGCACUGCAUAACCCCGUUGCAUAUGCUGGGCGAACAGGAUGUGGUGACCAGUUCACAGGAGCCGAUGUUGCCCGAUGAGGGUGGUGAGGAUUUGCGCAUUAAUGUCAAGCGUGAGCAGGACGAUGAUGAACGUGAGCAGCGUGAGCGCGAAGAUCAGGACUGUACCAUCGAUUCGGCUGGUAUGAUAAUAUGCAAUGACAACAACAAUUCAACAGCUUUAGCUACCACCACUGUGACCGAGGCAAACAUAAGCAGUUCAGAUGGAAUUCAUAGUACAAAUAAGGGGCCACGCCUUCUUACAACUUCACAAAUGGAAACGGAUCCCUCCUAUCAUCAUUUGCAACGCCACCCACAGCAUCAACAUGCCCAUCCACAUCACCAUCAACAGCAAGCACCACAACAACCGUUGCCACCACACUUGCACAGCAGUGUUGCUGGCUCAUCACUGCCACCACAUCAACACGCACAUCCACAUGCGCAUGUGGCUCUACCGCAUUCGCAUCAUCCACAUGCGCAUCACGCGGCGGCAUCGUCAUUGAACUCGUUGAACUCACUGAACUCCAUUACGUCGUUGAUCAAUGCCGAACGCAUACCGAACGAACAAUUCCUGGGCCUUAAUCCGCAAGAGGCUUCAAUACUCAAUUUUCUGCGUGUCGACGCAGCCGAACGUCAGCGGGACAAACGCCCACAAACCUCACGUUUCGCCUGUCCCUUCUGCGGCAAAUGCGUGCGCUCCAAGGAGAAUCUAAAAUUGCACGUACGCAAACACACCGGCGAACGACCAUUCGUGUGCCUCUUCUGUGGACGCGCUUUCGGCGGCAAAUCGGACCUUACACGCCAUCUGCGCAUACACACCGGCGAACGGCCGUACCAUUGCGAAUCGUGUGGCAAGUGUUUCGCACGCGCCGACUACCUAUCGAAACAUCUAACCACACACAUACACAAUGCGCCACGCUGAGAUGAGGUGCGAAGGAGACAACGACUCCUUCGCAGAUAAUAGAAUGAACAGCCGACGACAGAGCUUUGGUCGGAACGUUCUUGGUGGCGCUGGUGGUGUGGCUUCUUGGCGGCCAACGCGGCGACGGCGGAGAACGAUGCAAAGCAGAAUGAGGCGAGAAAUGUGGAAUGCAACAACAACAAUGUUCAACACUAAAACAGUAAAAAAUAGUUAUGAAACGGUAUAGGUUAUAAUAUGUAUAAGAAACGGAGGAGUAAAAAAAAUCGAUAAAUUAUGGAUAAACAGAUUUUAUAAAAUAUCGAUAAAUGUAGUAGUUAAAUUAUCGGCAAAUAUUAUCGAUAAAUUAUCGAUAAUUAUUAUCGAAUUAUCGAUAACUACAAAAUUGUUAGGCACUGGCAUGCCUUUUACAACAACUAUAACAAGAUGUGAGAACAGUUAUUUUUUUAGUACAUACAUAUAUACAUAUUUGUAUUGGAACUCAGCUAACUAAGCUUUAUUGAUCGUGUUUACAAUGAAUUGCGUAAGAAAUUAGGUUUUUGAAUUCAACAUUUUAUUAAUGUGUGUUUUUAACAAAGCACUCUUUGUAUGAGGUGUUUGCAGAUUUAAUUUUAGAAAAUAAUUUCAGGUUGAAAAUGAUUUUAAAAGUUGAAAGUGCUGCCAAGCAGAACUUUAGCUAACGAAAGCGAAGACGCGGGUAUUAGCUAUUACGUAUGAAAGUUAAAAACAUGUUUUUUUUAUGAAAAUUAGUUUUAACAAAUAAUUAAGUGUCUUAAUUCCACCCUAGGUGUCAAGUUUAGUUUUUUAGUGAUUUAUUUUCGUUAAAUUUGAAAAGGUCUUUCGUUUCCACACUUAGUAUUUGGAGUACUUCAUUGAAAGAGAGGCGUUUUACGGAAUUAUUCGAAGAACAAACAGACCUGCCACGGCUUGAUAACCUAUUGCGUAUUUUCUUCUUAUUUUUAAAGGACUUUUGAGGACUUAUGAAGUUCUAACAUACCUUUUUCGUCCUUAUGUUAACUUUGUACACCUUCUCUCAAAUGUAAACACUGCCGAAAAUUACCUUUCACUUUAUAGAAAUUUUUUUUUCAAUCAUAUUCAUUACAAAUCUGAGGUUAGGUAAUUCUACCAGAAUUCUAAUUGCGCUCCGCAGCUUAAGGUUAGGUACUUCUAGUAGAAUCAUUCAUAUGUAAUUUAAUUUCGAUCCGCAAAUUAAAAAUAGUUGUACGAUUUCUAAAAGCCACCUAACGAGCUGAAGUCAUAAAAAUAAAUGUUUUAGACCAGAAACCAAUUUUUUAUGUUAGGACAGGAAAAUCUCCCAAGAUGCAUUAAAUUUUUUAGUCUCGAGAGAUGGCAAGUCUUUUAAUAUAUUUACAAAGUUGAUCCCUGUUUCAUUAGUUGGAAAGAACUACUACGGCUAACUGCUUUUCAAUUAACAUAAGAACCUUUAGAUCUUGUCUUACAACUGAUAAAUUAUGAGCCUUACUCUCCGUUAACCAAAAUUUCAAGAGAACUUUGGAAUUAUUGUAAAUAAUCAGUGCUCUCGACACAUAUUUUAAGCUAAUAUUCCCGAUAUGGAGACAGGCGAGUACUUUGUAUCAUAAAAAUGUACAUAUUUCGAAGUCCAAACCAACCGCUUCUCAAAAUGAUGAAGUUUUGAUAGACACUGAAAAAUUUUACCGAUUAUCCUUAUACGCAAAUAUAACGGUAAGCAUUGAAAAACUAAAACAUCUAGUAGUACUGUAAGUCUUUUAUGUAUAAUUAAAGUUGAAGUUGAGUUAAAAUCGUUUGUAGAUCAAAGUCACGAUCACUUUUCAAAACUCAGCAGCUCUAUAAGAAACAACCAUCAUGUAUUCAGUUUAAAACUUCGAAUAAACAGUUCACCACCUUUUGUGUUCAUUUUGCUAACUGUUUGAGCACUUAACGACACUAUAACUUAGAAACGAUCGUUUUUAGACCUCUCAUCAUGAUCAGCACGAUCAUUGGUAAGAUCCUCUCUUUCAAUGAAAGCAUGUUUCAAAAAGCAAAACCAACGUUUAAUUUUUAAAUAUGGAAUAAGUAUAGAAAUAAACAUUUUGGUGCUAGCGAUUUCUCAAAGGAGGCAAUAAUUUAGAAAGCGUUUGAAGAAAAGGGAGCGGACGCUAGUGAGCGCCCUGUGUUAAUAUGGAGGCAAAGAGACGUUACUAAGCCAAACAGAGGUUUUUUUUAUUCAAAUACAUAUUAUUACCAUAUACAUACAAUAUGUUUAGGUCUAAUUUAAUUAGGUUUGAAUGGCAUAAUUUUAUUUCUCUAAGAUUUUUUUUAAUCGCUGGGAAAAUUAUUUU